AUGCAUCCCGGCAGCGCCGGCCACGGUUUCCCCAUUUCGGGAGGGCGCAGAGAACAGAGUGAGGAGGCGCGCCGGAACAAAAGAAACGCCCCCGCGAGCAGACGCGCCGGGAGGGGUGGGCCAGGCCAGAGCCAUCGGCCGGCACAAAUCGAAGCGGACGCGCCGGACGCUCGUACAUCAUUCAUCCUUAAGCCGGCCGGACAAGUUAAUUGGCCCCACGGCUGGCCGUGGCCGAGGCAGAGGCCGCGAGGUGCCGGUGGCGCCGGCACGCACCGCGGAAUCCAAUUUGUUAGUUGCCCGGGGAUUUAUGCAGGCAAAUGCGACGCGCCAACCAGGCACGGGCGAAAAUUAGGCGGCUGGUACAGGGGAGGCGGUGGCGGCGGUGGUGGUGGUGGCAUGUCAGCUGGCUGGAGAUGCGCCACCCCGGCCUGA